AUAAAGUUAGAAAGAUUUUGGUCACUGACUGUCGCCACGACUUGGUUCUUAGACCCUUGUAAUAAAUAAAUAAAUAGUGGUCAAGUGCGUGUCGGCAUCGCACACAGAAGGUUUUAACCGAUCGCUAAUAUAAUCUCUUGUCAAGUACUUACAGUAAGACAACUAUACCUUCUCAAUCUCAUAUUGGCACAGCAUAUAAUCACACCGAUCAAACAAGGAAUACAAUAACACUCACAAAUACACACAAAGAGCACAACCCAUACAUAUUUACUUUCAGACUCUCAGACUCUCAUCACACCACUCAGCAAAAGAGCAAGCAUAUUCAUUUUUUUUUCUUAUGUAUUUACUUUACUUAUUUUGUCCUUAGAUUUUAUUGCAUAUAAAGUGUUGUUCUAAAAAACGGGUGAAGACACUGGCUCCUGUAACACAGGUCUCACCUAGCACAGGAGCCAGGGCUUCCUUUGUCUAAUUGUAUUUUAUUUUUUAUGCCAAUAAAACAUUUAUGUAUUUAUUUAUUUUAUUUAAUCUACUCAUAGCCCUUUAGAAAACAAAGACUCACUACUUACGUUUACAAGAUAUUUCAAUUAUGUUUUCGAUGACCCGCUGGCAAAUCUUGCUCGUGAUAUGCCCCAUCCCCUAGUAUGGUGGCAGAUCGGAUUUAUAUAAAAGGAUAAUAGAGAAGAGAAAAAUGUAUUCCAUCUUCGGAUACGGCGUAAGCUUCAUACAGAAAAAACAUUUAAUUAUGUAUUCUGCCAUGUAUAAAAUUCUUUCAAUUUACGCAAUUCAGCUAUUAUUCACCCUCGUACUAAAUUGUGCUGCAGAAGAACCGUGUGAAACCAUUCCUACUGAAAUACAUGUCACUAAAGAAGAAUAUGACGAUAUGGGCAGACUAGUUAGAUCAUGCAGUGGAGAAGUUAGUGUAAACAAAUGCGAAGGGAUGUGCAAUAGUCAAGUGCGGCCAUCAAUCUCCGCUCCAACGGGAUUUUCGAAGGAUUGCUUCUGUUGCCGAGAAAACUUCUUGCGUGAACGCUUGGUAACUCUCACUCACUGCUACGAUCCUGAUGGCGUCAGGCUUGAAGAAGAAGAUUCAGCUAUCAUGGAAGUGCGACUUCGUGAGCCAGAUGAUUGCAAAUGUUACAAAUGUGGAGACUACAGCCGUUAAAAACAUAGGAUAAUUGUGUAAAAAUAUUGGCGAAUUCUGUACUUAUUAUGAUUGAUAACUAUUAUUUAAACCUAUUAACAGCAUUUGUAUGAAAAAAAGAUUUAAUAUUAGAUGGUCAAAGGUUUUUAUUAUAUUAUAUAUUAUAAAAAAAUAAGGUACAUAGUGUACCUAAGCUCAUUUGUGCCUGUGUAGGUAGUUACUAUUACUAUGUACCUAAGUAAUAAGAUUAUUUUUUAACCCCUUAUAUGUAGGUAAUCGUUAUGUUGUGUGGAGCAAAAUGUUGAAAUAAAUAUAUUUAUGAUGUUAAA